UUACCUUCUUUGUUGGACAAACUUGUGACUUGUCAGGUUGUGGAGCAUGGCCUUGGUCAUUUACCGUUUACUGAGAAGCAAGUAAUCACUCCCACAGGAUCCGUAUACACAGGAGUUGACUUUUGCAAGAAAUUGUGUGGAGUAUCCAUUGUUCGAAGUGGGGAAAGCAUGGAGAAUGCAUUACGUGCAUGUUGCAAAGGAAUAAAAAUUGGAAAGAUACUGAUCCACCGUGAUGGAGACAAUGGCAAACAGCUUAUAUAUGAGAAGCUUCCCAAAGAUAUUUCAAAACGGCAUGUCUUGCUUCUGGACCCUGUUCUUGCUACAGGUACCUUUAUUUACAUUGCCUCCUUCUUUCCUCUUAUUUAUAUCAUAAUUUCACCACCGACUCUAAGACAGAUUAAUCUGCUCAAGCUUGCACAUUUUGCUGUCAUAGUUUAUCUUGGAGGUGUGAUUGAAAAGCUUCAUGCUACAAGGGAGUUGUGUAUAGAGGAGCCAAUCCUUUAUGUGAAGAUGCAAGUAGCUGCACUUAAGCUUGAGCAAGGAGAUCAAAAAAGUACCAGACCCCCGAGCAAAUGA